UGGGUUUGUUAUGGAUAGGAAUUACAAACUUGGUCGGUCCAGCACUUGAAAUUAAGUACUACUAUGAGUUAUGAACCUCACAUUUCAGAAUUAGAAAGCAGUUCAUCAUCCCCUUCAUCCACACUCGAGUUCACUCAACCAGACCCAAACCCAAACCCAAACCCAGAACCAUUCACUACCCGGCCCGGUACACCGGACCCGGGACCCAAGAAGGCCAAGAGGAUCACCCGAGACAGCAGCAAGCACCCGGUCUACCGCGGGAUCCGAAUGCGAACUUCGGGCAAGUGGGUGUCCGAAAUCCGCGAGCCCGGGAAGAAAUCCCGCAUCUGGCUCGGCACUUUUCCCUUGGCGAGGAUGGCGGCCUACGCGCAUGACGCGGCCGCCCUGAGCCUCAAGGGAAACGGCACCGUCCUCAACUUCCCCGAACUGGCCGGGACUCUGCCCCGGCCAGCUUCGCUCUCGCCCCGUGACGUGCAGGCCGCGGCGGUGAAGGCGGCCGCGAUGAGCAACUUCGACUUGCCCUCGUCGCGGACGAAGAAGCUGACGAAGCAGCCUUUGCCGGCAUCGCGGACGAAGAAGCUGACGAAGCAGCCUUUGUCGGCGGCGGCGGAAUUGUUGUCGUUGGUUCGGGGGAUGGAGAUGUCGAGUUCUGACGAGCUCUGUGAGAUCGUUGAGUUGCCGAGUUUGGUGACGAGUUACUCAGCCGAGUUGAACAGGGAGGUUGUGUACGUGGACUUGGUGGAUGGGUGGGUGUAUCCUCCGCCGCCGUGGAUGGACGGUGGCGAUGAUGACUGUGAGAUAGCGGUGGCGGAUAUGGUUGGGACGUUUCUAUCCGACAAGGAUCCCGAGCCAGUCGCAAUAGCACCAGAGGUCGUGAGCCGUGCCAGGGUUCUACAAGGUUAGGCUUGGUGUAUGGGAGCCUAAGGUCAUGAGCCGUGCCAAUGGUCUGGAAGGUUAGGCCAGGUUUAUGGUGGCCUAAAGUCAUAAGCCGUGCUAGUGGUGGAUGAAAGCUGAUGUCGGAUAGCAAGUUGGUUGACUGAGAAAUUGAAA